GCGCGCGUGCGCACACCGCGUGUCUCGGCUACACGCCGGAAAGACGCCUUCCUCCACCGCAAGCGGGAGGAAGAGUACAGGCCCCAGGGGGCGGGGUUUGCAGCACCCGAGGUCGCCAUGGCUACCGAGCCCGAGACCCCUGUGGCCGCCUCAGCUGCGGAGCCGGCGGUGCCGUCGCUUGUGGAUCGUUACUUCACUCGCUGGUACAAAGCGGAUGUCAAAGGAAAACCCUGUGAGGACCACUGUAUACUCCAACACUCUAACCGAAUAUGUGUCAUCACACUGGCAGGAUCCCAUCCAGUUCUUCAAAGUGGAAAAGUAAUUAAAAGCAUUUCCUAUCAAAUCAGUACCAACUGUAGCAGACUUCAGAACAAAGUCUCUGGGAAAUUUAAGCGGGGGGCACAGUUUCUAACAGAACUUGCACCUCUGUGUAAGAUUUACUGCUCUGAUGGAGAAGAAUACACCAUAUCUAGCUGUGUUAGAGGACGGUUGAUGGAAGUGAAUGAAAACAUUCUCCAUAAGCCAUCUAUUCUUCAAGAGAAGCCAUCCACCGAAGGAUACAUUGCUGUUGUGUUGCCCAAGUUUGAAGAAAGUAAAAGCAUAACAGAAGGGUUACUGACACAAAAACAGUAUGAAGAAGUCGUGGUGAAACGCAUCAGUGCCACAACAGCGACCUCAUGAGGAUUAAGAUUGAGUAAAAACAACAGGGCAUUCUUAUCCUUACCUGGACUACCAGUCAGUGAGCUAAGGAAGAACCAGAGAUGCUGAAGCAUACUUCACACCGGGCCAUCCACAGGGAGGCCUGAUCUUAAAACCUGACCUAGGUUUCCUUCUUUGUCUUGCAUAACAAGCCUUGAUUCCAUUUUGUCUUCAACCUCCCAGAUCUGCCUGCCCAUGUACUCACUCUGUUCUUUCGCUUUUCUCUUUCUAACAACUGGCAAGCGACAGAUGUUUUUCUGAUUAAAAACCAACAAACAAAGCACUUUGAGGAAAAUUUGAAAAGACAGAAAAGUAAAAAUAAUUUACCCAUCAUCCUGUAACCCGUUAGUAAAUACUAGGUUUUGAUGUGAUUCUGUUUGAGUAUUAUGUCAUGGUUAUUGUUUUUGCCUCAAUUUUCCAUCACUUUGAAGUUGAAAAACAACAACUGGCCUUUCUUACCCAAUCUGCUUCAGUGUGACACGACCGAAACGUCUGGUCCCUCCCCUUCUGCCCCAACUCCCCCGCUCAGGUUGCUGGGAAGUGGCAGGGUGUAGAGUGUACCUUCUCUAUGUCUAUGGGUUGGCCUUCAACUCUGAACAAUGUAGCACUGUAACACUGGUUUCUUAAUGAGGGACACAUGAAGAGGCUUUGAAAGGGGCUUUGCUAACAUGGAAGUACCAAUAUUAUAAUGCUGUAUGAAGUAACAUGUGCAUUUGUGGUCACUCAGUCUCACAUUCUAGUUACAGGGUAACCAGCAAAGAAGUUCCCAAGGGGUUCCUGGAAUUCAAAGACACACAUGCUUUUGAACAGAACAAAAGCUUUCACAUCAUUUAAACAAUAAACAAAAAACUAUGAAUUCAUGGUUUAAGAUUGUAUACUUAUUUACAUUGAAUUUCAAAUAAAAGGACUUUCCACAUUGGUAUUUUUCCUUAAGGGCUGCAACACAUACAUACAUAUAAACAUUUCUGUUUUUAAAUAAAACAAUUAUCCUUGAGUAUAAAUUCUUUUAGUUCUCCAUCAUCUUUUGCUGUUCAAGUCGUGUUAUCCCUUCCCUACCCCUACUUGCAUUUAAAUAAGAGAAUAUUCUCUUUUGAGUUAUGUAAAAUAUUUUGUAAAUAAAAUUUUAAAAUUA